AGGGCGGGGGAGCGAGCCCGACGCGCCGGGACCGGGCCGGGGCCGCGCCGUGCGGGAGCGGGCCCCGCGGGCCGGGCCGGGCGGGGCGCGAGCCGCCGCGGAGCCUGCGGAGCGCCGCGACCAUGUCGGAGCAGGCGCCCGAAGUUCCCGAGGAGAUGUUCAAGGAGGUCAAGUACUACGCGGUGGGCGACAUCGACCCUCAGGUUAUUCAGCUUCUGAAAGCUGGGAAAGCUAAGGAAGUGUCGUACAACGCGCUUGCCUCGCACAUCAUUUCAGAAGACGGGGACAAUCCGGAGGUGGGAGAAGCUCGGGAAGUCUUCGAUCUGCCUGUCGUCAAGCCUUCUUGGGUGAUUCUGUCCGUUCAGUGUGGAGCUCUUCUGCCAGUAAAUGGUUUUUCUCCAGAGUCGUGUCAGAUUUUCUUUGGAAUCACCGCCUGCCUCUCUCAGGUGUCACCUGAGGACAGACGCGCCCUGUGGGCUCUGCUUACCUUCCAUGGGGGGGGCUGCCAGCUGAACCUCAACAAGAAGUGCACGCACCUGGUUGUUCCAGAGCCGAAGGGGGAGAAAUACGAGUGUGCUUUAAAGAGAGCAAGCAUUAAAAUUGUGACCCCCGACUGGGUCCUGGAUUGCGUAUCUGAGAAGACCAGAAGAGACGAAGCCCUUUACCAUCCCCGUCUCAUCGUCUAUGAGGAGGAAGAGGAGGAGGAGGAGGAGGAGGAAAAUGAGGAACAAGACUCGCCAAACGCGGGCAGCACAGAUGAGAAGUCGAGCCCCGCCAGCUCUCAGGAUGGCUCUCCUUCGGGUGACCAGCAGUUUUCACCCAAAUCGAACACUGAAAAAUCGAAAGGGGAGUUGAUGUUUGACGAUUCUUCAGAUUCAUCACCUGAGAAACAAGAGAGGAAUUUAAACUGGACGCCCGCGGAGGUCCCUCAGUUAGCGACAGCCAAGCGCAGGCUGCCUCCCGGCCAGGAGCCUGGGCUGAUUAACCUGUGCGCCAACGUGCCGCCCGUCCCAGGGGGCGUCCUGCCCCCCGAGGUCCGCGGCAAUCUAAUGGCUUCGGGACAGAACCUCCAGAGUUCCGAAAGGUCAGAGAUGAUAGCCGCGUGGAGUCCAGCUGUGCGGACGUUGCGAAAUAUCACAAACAAUGCUGACAUUCAGCAGAUCAGCCGCCCGUCCAACGUAGCGCACAUCUUACAGUCCCUUUCAGCACCGACCAAGAGUCUAGACCAGCAGGUGAACCACGGUCAGCAGGGCCACGCGAACGCAGUGCUGCUUGGCCAGGUGAAGGUGGCCCCGGAGCCCCAUCUGCCGCAGCCGCCGCCGCCCCCGCCACACCCCGUCCUGCACCUGCCACCCCAGCAGAUCCUGCAGCUGCAGCAGCAGCACCUCGCCCAGCAGCCUUACCCUGCGCCACAGACCCACCCGUUCCAGCAGCCGCCGCCGCCGCACGCCCACCUGCACCCGUUCCCCCAGCAGCCGCUGCCCCGCCCCCAGCACCAGCUGCAGCCCCUCCCGCAGCCGCUGCAGCCCCUCCCGCAGCCGCAGGCCCUGCAGCACCAGCUGCACCAGCUGCAGCGCCUGCACCAGCAGCAGCAGCAGCAGAUGCACACGCAGACAGCACAGCCCCCGAGCCAGACGCCCCAGGCCCUGCCGCACCAGCCGCAGCCCCCACCGCCGCUGUUUGGACACGACCCCGCCGUGGAGAUUCCAGAGGAAGCCUUCUUACUGGGGUGCGUGUUUGCAGUUGCGGAUUACCCGGAGCAGAUGUCUGACAAGCAGCUGCUGGCCACCUGGAAGAGGAUAAUCCAGGCGCACGGAGGUGCCGUGGACCCCACGUUCUCGAGCCGCUGCACACACCUGCUCUGUGAGAGUCAAGUCAGUGGGCUGUUCGCACAGGCGAUAAAGGAGAGGAAGAGGUGCGUCACAGCGCACUGGCUGAACUCGGUCCUGAAGAAGAAGAAGCUGGUGCCGCCCCACCGGGCCCUGCACUUCCCCGUGGCCUUCCCCCCGGGCGGGAAGCCAUGCUCCCAGCACAUUAUUUCUGUGACUGGAUUUGUUGACAGUGACAGGGAUGACCUGAAGUUAAUGGCUUACCUGGCAGGUGCCAAGUACACGGGCUACCUCUGCCGCAGCAACACCGUCCUCAUCUGUAAAGAACCCACCGGUUUAAAGUAUGAGAAAGCCAGAGAGUGGAGGAUCCCGUGCGUGAACGCCCAGUGGCUCGGCGACAUCCUCCUGGGGAGCUUCGAGGCGCUGCGGCAGACGCAGCGAGGCCGCUACACCGCCUUCAGCCUGCAGGACCCCUUCGCCCCGGCGCCGCACCUGGUGGCCACCCUGCUGGAUGCCUGGAGAGUUCCGUUGAAAGUGUCAGCAGAGGUGUUGAUGGGUGUGCGACUGCCUCCCAAGCUGAAGCAGAACGAAGUGACCAGCGUCCAGCCCUCUUCCAAAAGAGCCAGAAUUGAAGACAUACCGCCCCCCACUAAGAAGCUGGCACCAGAGUUGACCCCUUUCGUGCUUUUCACUGGGUUUGAGCCUGUUCAAGUUCAGCAGUAUAUUAAGAAGCUCUACAUUCUUGGCGGGGAGGUCACCGAGUCUGCGCAGAAGUGCACCCACCUCAUCGCCAGCAAGGUGACGCGCACGGUGAAGUUCCUGACGGCCGUGUCCGUGGUGAAGCACAUCGUGACCCCGGAGUGGCUGGAGGAGAGCUUCAGGUGUCAGAAGUUCAUCGACGAGCAGAGCUACCUUCUCCGCGACGCCGAGGCCGAGGUGCUUUUCUCCUUCAGCCUGGAGGAGUCCUUGCGGAGGGCACGCGUGUCUCCGCUCUUCAAGGCAAAAUACUUUUACAUCACUCCUGGAAUCUGCCCGAGUCUUUCGACGAUGAAAGCGAUCGUGGAAUGUGCAGGAGGGAAGGUGCUGUGCAAGCAGCCGUCCUUCCGGAAGCUCCUGGAGCACAAGCAAAACAAGAGUCUGUCGGAAAUAAUUUUAAUAUCCUGUGAAAACGACCUUCACCUGUGUCGAGACUAUUUUGCCAGAGGCAUAGAUGUGCACAACGCGGAGUUUGUUCUCACUGGGGUGCUCACCCAGACGCUGGACUACGAAUCAUAUCCUUUGCGAGACGUUUGGUGCAGGAGCCUCUCGUCACUCUGAGCAGCAGAGCUGCUCCACCCGGGAGGGGAUUAGUGCCAGAGUCGGUGAUAAAAAUGGUCACAGACCCACUGAACUUUUGAAGAUUUUGUUUUUAUACAAUAUGUGCUCUUACAGCGUUCCAGGUUUUUUCUGCCUUCCGUGUUUGUAUCUGAAUGCUCAUUUUGGACCACCUUUACUCUUGGAAGGAGGAAGUGCCGUAAACCUUGUUAGGGUGAUUUGUGGGCGGCGUCUCAGGGCCCUCUUCUUGUGUCCGUAGCCUGAAAGUAGCCUGAUUAAUAACCAUCCACCUGGGACAACGUUAGAGUUGCAGGGGUUGGCGCCUGCCCGUGGAGAUACAGGUGGGGAGCGGUGUGGGGGGUGGGGUGGGGUGGCUUCAGGCACCUGAAGGUCAUUACCUAAAUGCAGGGCCUGUCCUGGAUGUUGUCCCCAGUUCACGCUCUAUUGGACGUUGUUUUCCUCAACAAGGCCACAUAUAAAUUUAACUGACGCACCUGUGCCCGGCGCCCGGGUCGGCCGUGUCAGCUGCCGGUGGAGCGGCCCCUGCUCCCUUCCGUCGCCCUUGUUUUCCAGCUGCUCUCUUCGGGGACAAGCAUUUUAAAGCAGGAAGACAAAUAUAGCAAAUACACUGCAUCUUAUUAAGAUGUGUAAUUUUAUUCUGAGGAAACAUAAAUUAUGUUUUGUACUAUAUGACUUUUAAGAGCCCACAUUAGGUUUUGAUUCAUUUGCUGGGUUUUUAAAUGUUUUCACAACACUGUUAAUGAAACGUCAGCUGCAAAUAAAAUGGUGUAAAUAAAGACCUUGCUAUCCCUAAAUUAUGGAUGUUAAAGAUUUGAGAUGUUUUGUACUUUUAUUUUUAUUUCUUAAACGUUUUUCUUUUAUAUUGAUAUUUUGCCCACAUUUUAAAUAAAUGUACUUUUGAAC